AUGGGCGCCCAAAAUACAGGAGUUGACGUCUCCGAGAUGGGCACAGGACCAAAUGGCUCCGUUCCGCCCUUGUCCGACCUGGAGCAAGGAGCACCGAAUGAGGGUGCAGUCAAGUACAUUGCCAAAGUCAUCCCGUACUUCAGGAACCGCAGAAAUGUGCUCAUAUUCAAGUUGGACUGCCUCCUGCUGCUCUGGAUGUUCGUGGCCGGCCUCAUGAAAGAGAUGGACCAGUCAGCAACAACCCAAGCCUACGUCUCCGGGAUGCGGGAGUCUCUUGGACUCUACGGGAACGAGCUUGUCAUGUUCACCACAUUUUUCUCGAUCGGCUAUGCGCUUGGCCUUGUCCCUGGGCAGUUGAUCCAGACCAGGUUCCGGCCAUCGAUAUUCCUCCCGUUGUGCGAAAUCACCUGGGGCCUCCUCGUCCUCUUCACAUACAAGGCUCCCAACGCCCAGACGGUAUACGGUCUCCGUUUCUUCCUGGGCCUCUUCUCGUCCGCUUUUUGGCCGAGUGUGGUGUCCCUCAUCUUCAACUGGUAUACUCCGACGGAGCUCGCGCUCCGCCUCGCAUUUUUCAAUGUCUCCGACGUCGCUGGAGCCAUGUUCCUCGGCGCACUGCAGGCCACUCUGUAUACUAAUAUGAAUGGUGUCCAUGGCUUGGCAGGAUGGCAAUGGCUCUUCAUUAUUGCCGGCGCCAUCACCGUCGGCCAGGGCUUGCUCGGCUUCUUGACGAUCCCUGAUUCCCCAGCCAACACCCGAGCCAUCUGGCUCACCCCAGCGGAGAAACGCCUGGCCCAGCUGCGCAUGGGCGAGUCCGGCAUCAACACCACAGUGCGCAUACCGGCCUCGGUGCUGAAUAAGAAGCUGCGGCACAUAAUCGUCCACCCGAUCACGUACUUCUUCCUCCUCGCCUUCGCCCUCACGGCCUGGUCGCACCGCGCCAACUCGUACUUUGUGCUUUACCUCGAGAGCCUCGGCUACGACACCUACCACGUCAACGUCAUCCCGCUCGGCGGCUACGCGCUGCAGAUCGUCACGAACCUCAUCUUCAACUCCCUCUCGGACUGGAAGCACUGGCGCUGGCAGAUCAGCAUCGGGUCCGCGUGCGCCCUGGGCGUUUGCCUGAUCGUGCUGUGCGCCUGGCCCCCUAACAGCACGGCCAUCCUGACCUUCUACUUCCUCACGUAUGCGACUAACGCCGGCGCGCCGAGUCUGAUGGCGUGGAUGGGCGAGAUUCUGCGAAAGGAGCCAGAGGCGCGGUCUAUCAUUGUGGCUAUCACGGUGACGAUCGUGUAUGUCGGCCAUGCGACCAUCCCGUUGCGGGCGUGGCGGGUGGCCGACUCGCCGAGGUAUCCGGUGGGCUUCCCGCUCGUCACGGCGUUCACGGCAGCUUCGAUUUGUGUGCAGCUGGGGAUGUUGUGGUGGGAUCGGCGACAUCCUGAUGUUGCUGAUCGCGGCUUUGAGAAAUAUUCCAGUAGGGAAGUGGAAGCUUCGGUCGAUGCGGAAAAGCCUCCUCAUAGAGAGGAAUCCGCGUAA